AGUCAGUCAGCUAAUUAACCUGCUCCGCAGCUCGGUGCCUACAUUAGAGACAUCCGACGUUGAGGAGGCAUGUCCCGAGACACGGAGGUGCGCCGGCCGCUUCUCGCCGGAGAUCAUCUGGAUCCGAGGGAGCUGGAGUCGGAUGACGGCGAUGUCGUCUUUGAGAGGAGGUCAUCACACAUCACACAUGAAGCUGGUGGGAGCAGAUCGAAGAGAUUAACAUACGAGGAAGCCGUCGAACAAGCAGGUUUUGGUUUGUUCCACUGGCUGCUGCUGGUCGUGUGCGGUUGGGCCAAUGCCAGCGAUGCCGUGGAGAUUCUCUGCGUGUCUUUUCUCCUGCCAACGGCGCGCUGUGAUCUACUGCUGAGCUCCUCAGACAUGGGCCUGCUGACAGCCAGCAUUUUCCUGGGAAUGAUGGUGGGUGGCUACGUGUGGGGAUAUCUGGCUGACCAGAGGGGGCGCCGUAAGGUGUUGGUUUUGUCCCUUACAGUUAAUGGGGUGUUUGGCGCUCUGGCCAGCCUGGCUCCGUGGUUCUGGCUGUUCCUGCUGCUGCGGUUCAUUAGUGGGAUUGGGGUCGGUGGGUCUAUCCCCGUCAUCUUCUCCUACUUCUCUGAGUUUAUGCCCCGCGUCAGGAGAGGAGCGAUGAUCAGCGCCCUGGCCACCUUCUGGAUGGCAGGAAACAUCUUGGCUGCAGGGUUGGCCUGGUUGGUGAUUCCCAGAACCUGGGCUCAUUUCUACAUCGGAUGGCUGGACUUUCAGAGCUGGAGACUGUUUGUGGUUCUGUGCUCCGUUCCCAGCCUCACAUCAGCCCUCUUCUUCAAGUUUCUCCUCCCCGAAAGCCCCAAGUUCCUCAUGGAGGUGGGCCAGGAGAAAGAGGCAAUCCAUGUCUUCAGACUGAUGUUUGAGCUGAACAUGAAGGGAAAAGGAAAGACAUUCCCGGAAUUCAGCUUACGCACAAACUCCAAGCAAAGAGGUGAAGUGGAGCAGACGGGAAUUUGGUGUGCUUUAAAAAGGGGUUUGAUGCCCAUUAAACAGAUAUUCAGCAGUCACCUCAAAUCCAGAAGCAUCGUUAUGCUCAUCAUCUUCUACUGCAUCGCGUUCGGUUACUACGGGCUGUGGAUGUGGUUCCCUGAGCUGUUUGAGAGAGUCGAGGACGGCGGCUCCCCCUGUGCCAACGCGUCCAUCCGGUCUCCCCUUCACAACCAAAGCUGUUACCCGGUCAAGACAGCAGUGUACAUGGAGGGCUUCAUCAUCGCCCUGUCAAACCUGCCGGGCAACAUCUUCACCAUCCUCAUGAUGGACAGCAUUGGAGCGAAGGCGCUUCUCGUCUGCAGCCUGAUGGUGUCCAGUCUGAGUGUCUUCCUCAUCUACGUGGUUCAGACCAAAGCUCAGAGUCUCAUCCUUUCCUGCAUCUUCAGCGGAGUGUCCGUGAUCGCCUGGAACGCCUUAGACGUCCUGGGACCGGAGCUCUACCCGACACAGCUACGGUCCUCUUCUCUGGGUUUCUUCACAGGGGUGGGUCGGGUGGCAGCGAUCAUGGGUAACAUUGUCUUUGGAAAGUUGGUGGACUCGAACUGUGCUGUACCCGUCCUGCUGGUGUCAGGGCUGCUGCUCACCGGGGGUCUGGUGGCUCUUCUGCUCCCACAAACCAAGCAGACAGAGCUCACGUGAUCUCUAGCGUAGUUUCAGGUGAAUAAUUUAAUUCUCACCAAACACCUUCUCUUAAAGCCCUCAAGGACGCAGACAGGAGGACUUGCGUGUCUCUGCGUGCCUUAUGUUUGAAUCCGGUGCACUCUGUCCGUGCCUUCUUUUUUUGGUGCCUCCUUAAGACGGUAGUAAUGGCUUUAUCCGCCUUCCUAGAAUCAUUAGUCAGGGAAGCACGUGAAGAAAUGCUGCUGUUUUAGAUUUAAACGAUUACAGCCAAAGACGCCUUUAAAAAAAUCAUUAGCUACCUAACUGGACAGCAAUCACUUUUUCAUUUUCGUCAUAGUUUAUUGAAUGACACAAAAUCAAGUUAAUGUUUUUUUGUUAUGUCUGUGAAAAAAUAGUUUACAUAUCUAUGUUUAUUACUCGCUGAAAUGUUGGAUAAGUUUAGGAAACUAAGAUUUAAGCUCUUAUGAAAUGAUAAGUGCCACAAAACUACGACUACAGUAGAUUUCAGUGAGGCCAGUCUGUCACAUUCCAGUGGAAAACAAAAGAUUUCUAAAAUCAUGGUACAAGGACCAGACGAGACAUGGAGGACUUAACACUUAUUCCAGCCUUAUAGAUGAAACUGGUGAUGACUUUGUAAUCCCAUCGGGGAUUUUGUAAAAGUGUCUGUUUUCAAACUAGUGCCACAUUAAGUACUUAAGAAAUCCCUUUUAAAUAAACAAUGUCUUUACAUUCAUCUCA